AACAACAUAUGAUGAUGGGUCGAUCAAGGAAUGUGGCAAUUCUUGUAGUAAUAACUGUAAUGUUACUAAAGACCACAGAAGCUGAAGAUUACGAGGUGGGAGGUACCACAGGUUGGACAACCUUUCCUCCAGGAGGUGCUUCUUUCUAUUCCAAAUGGGCUUCCAAUUUUACAUUCAAAGUAAAUGACACUCUAGUGUUCAACUUCGAGUCUGGAAGCCACAGUGUGGUGGAACUUUCGAAAGCUAACUAUGAAAACUGUGGAGUCGACAACAAUAUCAAAAGCUUUAAUACAGGGCCAGCUAGAGUUAUCCUCACAGGUCCAGGGGAAUUCUACUUUUCCUGCCCCUUUUCAGGCCAUUGCAGCAGUGGCCAAAAGCUAAGCGUUACAGUUGAAGCUUCUUCACCUUCUCCUUCUGCAUAUGGUUCAGAUUCCACUAAAAGAGCCCCAUCACCCCAAACUCAUUCCACUGAUAUAGCCCCUCCACCACACGGCUCGGCCACCCCUCUGGCUUCUACCUUCUCUCUGUUCAUCAUCACCAUUAUAGUCAAUUUUCUGUCUCAAUUUUAGGACACUUGUUACUAUACUCUCUCUUUCUAAAACAAUUUUCUUCGUCCAAAUUCAUUCAUCUCAAUCUUUUAAAGUAUGUGACAUGCAGAUUCAAUAAGAUUCAGAUGAACUUCAUAAAAUUGAAGAGAAUGUUUCAGAAAGAGGAUAUUGGAUGUACAUCGAUUUCAUUAAGCCUGUUGGGUUUCCAAAAUUUUGGCUUGUGAUAUAUAUUGUUUAAUUGAUUUCCAGCUACUUGGACUCCAUUGAGAUGAUUGUGAUUGAAUAAACAAAUCUUCUAUUGUGGGUU